UUAAAUCAGACAUUUAGCAGCGUUAUUGGUUACCAAUAUUAUUGGUAUUCAAGAAAAUAAAUUUUCCAGCGAUACCGAAACCCCGGAAUAUUUCCGGUGGAGUUGGAAGCUGUUUAAAUGAGACGAGAUAUCGGGGAGACACCAUCACACCUGAGCGAGGGUUCCGAGAAUUCUGAGUGCCAGAGUCUUUGAGACCAUGUCGCUGUCGCACCAGUUUGGAUAUACGUCAUACAACACCUCCAGCUCCCCGCUAAGGUCUUCACAGCUGCUGCCGCCCGCCUCGUCCUCCUCGUCGUCCUCGCCCACCAUGUCUAGUCCGUGCUGUGAGAACGGCCGGAGCCUGGUCAACCCCCACACUGGUCAGACGGUCUGUUCGUGCCAGUACCCCGCUGGGCUGCUCACCUACUCCAGAGUGGGUCACCCCGACCCAGCCUACCCCACCUCCCCCUACUCCACACCACAGGGCUACAUGCCCCUCGGCUCAGACCCGUCAGCAUUUUACCCCUCGCUGAACUCUCCAUACGAGCUAAAGGAGGCGGGUGAGACGUGGAGAAGUAUAGGCCAACCUCCUGGAUGUUACCCAUACGAUCCAACAAACAUGGCACCGUAUCCAUAUUCUAAUGGAUACGGAGGUAUGGACAUCAACAGCGCCGCGCGGCGGAAAAACGCCACACGAGAAAACACAAAUACUCUCAAAGCCUGGCUGUAUGAGCAUCGGAAAAACCCGUACCCCACCAAGGGGGAGAAGAUCAUGUUGGCCAUCAUCACCAAGAUGACCUUGACACAGGUGUCCACGUGGUUCGCCAACGCCAGAAGGAGGCUGAAGAAGGAGAACAAGAUGACCUGGUCACCCCGGAACAAACCAGGCGACAACGACGACGCCGAUGACGACGACAGCAAGGAAAAGGGAGAUAAUGCUGAGAGCGACGAGGAAAACGAGGGAGGAAAGUCGCCCAAAGAUGAGAAGAAAAGCUGCGACAGAGAGGGCCAGCUGUCAGAUGACGUCACGGAAGGAUCGUCCCCCACCUCCAGCAUGCGGACUGUCAGGAUGUACGACGCCCCCUCCGACACCCACCUCUCCCGGUCGCACCACGCCGCCCCUGCCCACCUUCAGGACCCGUGCCUGCCCCGGCGACCCCCGAAUUUCCUCCCUCCCCAGAUCAAAAUGGAGGGCCCGCCCAGCUUCCUCAACCUCCCCCCGGUCACCCUGGGCUACAGCCACAUGGGGUCGUCCGGUGGGGUCGCCAGCGGGAACCUGCCGUCUUCAGUCAGCAUGGCGUCAGCGAUGGAGUCGUCGGCGUCACUCAAGAGCCCUGACUCCCUCUGUUCCAACAGCGAUGACUCCGGGCUGAGCGACGUCAACUGCGGUUACCCGGAUUCGGUCAGCGGCCACCUUGACGGUCUCCGGCCAAAGAUUUGGUCCCUGGCCCACGUGGCAACAUCAGACGCCGGGUACCUGAACCAGAACUGCAGCCCAGUCGCCAACGAUCCCAGCAACAGAAACGCCAACAGCAUGUCGAGGGGUUUAAGCGCCCACCCCCGGGGGUUGCCAAACGGGGUGUUGCCCCCAGUCCACCUGGGCGGGGGUCAUCUAGGACACGAUGGCACCGCCCAGUCCGGCCUGUCCCCGACGUCUUCAAUGCCCCCCAUGGGGAUGACGUCAUCUUCCUCCAUGCCGCCCCUGCACAGCGGGAUGACCCCGUGGGGGUCAAUGUACGGGGGCCACCAAAGCCUGGGCAGCCCUUUCGGGAAACGGCCUUGCCAAGGACCUUUGUUUUCACAAUCGCUCGUCGGGUUGGCACCAAGUGGCCACAUGGCCAACAACCCGCUGCACUGCUCGCCACCGACCUCAGACUACAAUCAAAACAUUACGUCAUCUUCCGGGUACUAAGCAAAAACAAACGUCCCCGAUAAAUUAACAAUUUAUUAAUUCUAAUAAAAAACAUAUGACUUAUCUAAUCAAAUCUGAUAUAAAACUGUAAAUAAUAUAACGCUUUCUCGAACAUCUACGUAGCUAAUAACAUUAUCAACCGAAGAAAGGGACAUAAUUAAAUUAUUUCCCUUGGUUUUCGUGGCAUUUCAACUAUUUAACAAAAAUGAAAAAAAAAAUGAAAAAAAAAAUUCAAGGUUGUUUGGAGUUUAAAUGUAGAUGCUUAAUAGAUAUUUUAAAGACAAUGAAAAUCACUUAUACAAUUUUUAAAAAAUAUCAUCUAUAGUCUAUAUAUUUCUUUUUGUAAAAUUUCACGUGCUGCAUCGCAAUGACAGAAUUUGCUUUAAGUUUCAAACCGUGUCCAGAUAACUCGUAUGAAAAGAUUGUUUGAUUGUUAGCUCAAUGCUUACCUGAUGUGUGAGUCACCUGCGGUUACCUGCCCAUGGUAAACUUUACUUGAUAACAAUUUACCUAGUCACUAGACAGAUGUUUACCAUUGUC